UCUCCACAGCUACUCCAGAGGCCAGCAGUGCUUGGAGCAGGCAGACUGGGAGACAGCUGUGCUGUUCUUCUCCCGCGCGCUCCACCUGGACCCACAGCUGGUGGACUUCUACGCCUUGCGGGCCGAGGCCUACCUCCAGCUCUGUGACUUCUCCUCGGCUGCCCAGAACCUGCGGAGGGCCUACUCCUUACAGCAGGACAACUGCAAGCACCUGGAGCGCCUCACCUUUGUGCUGUACCUACAGGGGCAAUGCCUUUUUGAGCAGUGUGCCUUCCUGGAUGCCCUGAAUGUCUUCUCACAUGCUGCUGAGCUCCAGCCUGAGAAAGCGUGCUUCCGUUACCGAUGCAUGGCCUGUCUCCUGGCCCUCAGGCGGCAUCCAGCCUGCCUCUCACUCGUCACCGAGGAGCUGAAGCAGGACACCACCAAUGCCGACGUCUACAUCCUCCGGGCCAGACUCCACAACUUUCUCCAGAAGCCCCACCUCUGCUACCGGGAUCUGCACGGUGCCUUGCUGUUGAAUCCCAAGCAUCCGCAGGCCAGGAUGCUGCUCCAGAAGAUGGUGGCCCAGGCCCAGCAGGCGCGCCAAGACGCAGCGAUCCUGGCCGUGCAGGGCAGGCUGCAGCACGCACUGCAGCGCAUCAACUGUGCCAUCGAGAACAACCCUCUGGACCCCAGUCUCUUCCUCUUCAGGGGCACCAUGUACCGACGGCUCCAGGAGUUUGAUGGGGCAGUGGAGGACUUCCUGAAGGUGCUGGACAUGGUGACCGAGGAUCAGGAGGACAUGGUGCGGCAGGCGCAGCGCCAGCUGUUGCUUACCUACAACGACUUUGCCGUGCACUGCUACAGGCAGGGCGCCUACCAGGAGGGCGUGCUGCUGCUGAACAAGGCCCUCCGGGAUGAGCAGCAGGAGAAAGGGCUCUACAUCAACCGAGGCGAUUGCUUCUUCCAGCUGGGCAACCUGGCCUUUGCCGAGGCGGACUACCAGCAGGCGCUGGCGCUGAGCCCGCAGGACGAGGGCGCCAACACGCGCAUGGGCCUGCUGCAGGAGAAGAUGGGCUUCUGCGAGCAGAAGCGCAGGCAGUUCCAGAAGGCAGAGGACCACUUCUCCACGGCCAUCCGGCAUAACCCCCAGAAGGCCCAGUACUACCUGUACCGGGCCAAGAGCCGGCAGCUGCUGCAGAACAUUUUUGGGGCACGCCAGGAUGUGGCCACUGUCCUGCUCCUCAACCCCAAGCAACCAAAGCUGUCCCUGCUGAUGACCAACCUCUUCCCGGGCAUGUCUGUGGAGGAGGUGCUUAGCACCCAGAUAGCCCACCUGGCCAGGCUGCAGCUGGAACGGAUGGUGGAGGGCAGCCUGCAGGCCGGCGGCCCACAAGGCAUUGUGGGGAUGCUUAAGCAGUGGGAGUUGGAGCACCAGAAGGCCUUGGCCCUGCAGCGCUCAUGGAAGCAGGGGGAGCCUUUGAUUGAGACCUCCGAGAAGCUGCAGGCCACCCCUGAGAUUCCGCAGGUAGAACCAGGAAGCUCAGAGGGAGAGGCUGAGGCCCCCAAGGAGGAGGAAGAGAAGGAGAAGGAGAAAAAAAGCAUGAUGAGCGUCACUCACGCUGCAGCAGGUAGCAGCAGCCUGCUCCCUGUCACUGGUGCUGCAGAAUAUUCCGUCCUGUGUUUCUCUGUUCUACUGCUGGUAGACAUCAAGUACACUAAUGUUCAAAGGAAACUUUACACAAUUGAAGAGAAGAAACCAAAGCUCACACCUAGCAAGGUGGCAUCCCUGUCUGACAGCUACCUCGACCAGACCUCUUUAGCUUCCAGCAUGAGCUUCAGGACCACAUGCACCUCAGAGACUGAGACGUCGGCUAUCUGCCAGGAAUACAGGAGCACCUCAGCCACCGCCAUGACAUUCUCUGACUCGUCACUGCUGAAGACGCAAUCCUCAGACUCUGGGAACAACAGGGAGGCAUUGAGCCACGGUUCCAGAAAAAUCAAGGACAUCCAGGGCCAGAGGCAGAGCCUUAGCAAGACCCAGGCCACCCAGAGCCAGAGGCAGACCUUCAGCAAGACCACGGCCACCGUACACAGGAGGAACUCCAGCAAGACCAAGGCCACCCAGGGCCAAGGGCGGCGCUCCAGCAAGACCGAGGCCACUCAGGGCAAGAGGCAGAGCUCCAGCGAGAUCGAGACCACCCAGGGCCCAAGGCAGGAGCCCAGCAAGACCAAGACCACCCGGAGCCCAAGGCAGAGGCCCAGAAAGAUCAAGGCUGUUUGUGGCCGGAGCUGGAGACCCAGCAAGGUUGAUGCCACCCAGGGCCGAAGCAGGGGACUGCUCCGAAGUUCCACCAAGACUGAGGCUUUCUAUGACUCAAACUGGAGCCUCAGCAAGACUGAGGAUGUUCAAGGCCAGGGCCAGAGAACCAGCAAGGCUGAGGCUGCCCAGGGCAAGAGCCGGGGCAUGAACUCAACUUCCAGCAAGGCUGAGUCCACCUGGGGACCCAGCCCGAGUCUCAGCAAAACGGAG